AUGACGUCCCUCAUGGUGGCACGAGACCUGCAGCUCGCGAUCCUGUCGUUGCUUGGCAUCGCGCUGCUUUUUGACUGCUCUCCUUGCCGGGGUAGCCCUGGGAGGGUGCUCCGCGGCACAAAGGGCAAGGUGCGAGGGACCUCCCGAGCCGCCGUGUCCUCCGACGCUGUGGGCCCGCGUGGACGGGGGCGGCCACCAUCGUGCGACCUCGUGGGCCAGCACCGGGGCGAUUGGAAGCUCGAUGACGCAGACUGGUGGUUGGAGGAGCACGGCCUGAUCAUGCCGGAGCCCGAAUACCCCCUGCCUCCUGGGAAGUACAUCGUGUCGGGGAAUCGCGAGGUCACAAGUACGCUGACAGUCCAUCCCAGGGACCCGGCCGGCAGCCAGCGAUGGGAGCUCAGCGGCGGCGCGACGCUCCACGACGUGACGCACCUGCCGUGCCGGUCGGCGCGCUACAGCGCCAGCAGCUCGGACUUCCCCGUGCGGCCCGGGGCUCCGAUGCCUCCCGUGAGUGGCUGCCAGAAGCAGGACUAUGCUUAA